AUGACCGAUAAGGAUCAAAUAUAUUAUAAGAAGGGACAUGAUAAGUUUGUGUCCAGCACCCAUUCGUGGAGAACAGUCGAAAAUGCAAUUGCAUUUAUGAUACCAAUUAUUCAGAGCCACCACAAGGUAUUGGAUGUAGGGUGUGGGCCUGGGACUAUAACCGUAGACUUUGCUCGAUACGUUCCAAAAGGUUUUGUGACAGGCAUAGAUUCUAUUGAAGAAUUGCUUGAAGAAUGCAAGGAAAAGAAGAGAGUCAAUGAGGUAACCAAUGUGGAUUUCAGAGUCGCUUCAGUAUAUGAACUUCCCUUUGAAGACAAUACCUUUGAUAUUGUUUAUGAGCAUCAAGUAUUAACUCAUUUGCAGGAUCCAGUCAAGGCCUUGAAAGAGAUGACACGAGUGACUAAACCAGGAGCAUUUGUCUGUUGUAAAGAUUUUGAUGCCGGCGCAUCUAUAAUAUACCCGAAGCGUUAUGAGGAAAUUGUGUCUCAUUUCAUUCUCAAGAGGGCAUUGUUAGCACAAUCUAAUAUUACAAUGGGAAGAUCACUAAGAGACUUGGCCCUUGCUAAUGGUUUUUCUCUGUCUCAAAUUACCUCAUCGGCGUCCGUGUGGUGUACUUCGAAUGAUGAAGAUCGUGAAAUAACUAGCCAAAUGUAUAUCCAACGGAUUCUUAAUUCAAAAGAAGCAAUACUGGAGGAUGAAGAAGAAGACAAAGCUGAUAAAAGAGAAAUGGUGCAACUCUGGAAAGAGUGGAGCACUGAUGAUCGAGGCUGGUUAACAAUCUUAAAUGGAGAAAUGAUCUGUAGAAAAUAG